AGCAAGUAGCGCAUUAAAGAGCGGUCCCUUGAGGAAAAUGGACGUCAGCAUGUUCAGUUCAAUUCUCCAGUGGUUAUUAUACAUAUCAGUGUUCGGUAUAGCAGCAUUUGUUUGGUUUGUUUAUCGAAACUUUCAGUAUUGGAAAGAUCGCGGAAUUAUAUAUGAGAAUCCGACGUUUCCCCUCGGUAACCUAGGAUUUAUUAUGAGAAAAAGCUUUUGGGACUUUUGUUUCGCGUUAAAAAAUAAGUAUCCAAGAGAAUUCGUUGGAGUAUUUUUGGCUUGGAAGCCCGCUCUUUUUGUGAACACGCCGGAACUGGCGAGACGAGUUCUAGUGAAAGACCAUGAAUACUUUCAAGACAGAUAUUUAUACUCCGGAUAUUCUGAUCCUCUUGGUUCGUUAAACCUUUUCACUGUGAAGAAUCCAAUAUGGUCAAAUAUGAGACAUGAACUAUCACCCAUGUUUACAUCGUUGCGUUUGAAGAAAAUCACAGAACUGAUGAAUAUCAACUCAACGCAGCUAGUCAAAAAGGUUGAAAAAGAUUACGUUAAGGAAAACAAGUGUGUAAACUUAAAGGAACUGUUUUCAAUGUACACAUCAGACACAGUGGCAUACAGUGUUUUCGGGAUAAGAGUGAGCGUACUCAACGACCAGCUCUCGCCUUUAUGGGCAAUUACUAGCCACAUGGUGAAAUGGACAUUUUGGCGUGGACUGGAGUUUACCAUGAUAUUUUUCAUGCCCGCAAUUGCAUCUUUGUUAAGAUUAAAGUUCUUCUCAGUUAACGCUUCAGAUUAUAUUAAAGAAAUAUUUUGGAAUGUCGUCAACGAACGUAAAUCAAAGGGAACGAGCAGCGAUAAGGAUCUCGUUAAUCAUUUGCUGAAAUUAAAGGAGAACCUCAAACUUCCAGCGGACGCAGGAACUAGUAAGGAUAUUAUUUUAGAAUUUUCCACUUAA